AGAAUCAAAAAAACAACAUCUUAGCUCAAAACCUCAUCAUCAAGCAUAUACAGCAAAAUGAAUUCUCAUCGCCAAUCUUUUCUUGUGCUUGUAUUGGUCACUUUGGCUACAUUUCUGAUCCCAAGUACCCUUGCGGGGCUCACUCCUGGUUACUAUGGCAAAGUUUGCCCUCAAGCAUUACCAAUCAUUAAGUCAGUGGUUCAGAAGGCAAUUAAUCGUGAACAACGCAUUGGAGCAUCCUUACUACGUUUGCAUUUCCAUGACUGCUUUGUUAACGGUUGUGAUGGAUCACUUCUACUAGAUGACACUUCUUCCUUCGUGGGUGAAAAGACUGCAUUACCAAAUUUGAAUUCAGUCAGAGGAUUUGAAGUGGUUGAUGAAAUUAAAGCCGCGGUUGACAGAGCUUGCAAACGUCCUGUGGUAUCAUGUGCAGAUAUCUUAGCUAUUGCAGCUCGUGAUUCAGUUGCCAUAUUGGGAGGUAAACAAUAUUGGUACCAAGUGCGAUUAGGCAGAAGAGAUGCAAGAUCUGCAAGCCAGGCGGCUGCAAAUUCCAACCUACCUCCCCCAUUUCUCAACUUCACACAGCUUCUUCCAGCAUUCCAGGCUCAAGGGUUGGACCUUAAAGACCUUGUAGCCCUCUCAGGUGGCCACUCCAUUGGACUUGCCAAGUGCAGUUCCUUCCAAGCCAGGAUCUCCGGUGACACCAACAUCAACCCCAAGUUUGCAGCCACUUUGCAAAAGACAUGCAAUGUUGGUGGGAAUAGCAGUUUAGCACCACUGGACAAGACUCCUACAAAAUUUGACACUAGAUACUACAAGGACUUGUUGGAGAAAAAGGGUCUUUUCCAUUCUGAUCAAGAGCUCUUCAAGGGUGAUGGUUCUGCAAGUGAUAGAUUGGUGUAUCUUUACAGCAAGAGUUCUCAUGCUUUUGCCAAAGAUUUUGGAGUUUCCAUGAUCAAGAUGGGUAACAUUAAGCCUCUUACUGGGAAGCAGGGAGAGAUCAGGUGCAAUUGCAGGAAAGUCAACAACUACUAGAAUUGCAUAUUUGAAGCCUGGAUCACACAACUCCAGAAUGAUUCAUACAAAGUCUUGAAAUUUUUUAUAAUUUAAUUUCCAUACAGUUUAUUGUUGAAGAAUUGUGGGUUCAAAAAUAAUGAACCAUGUUUAAGAGUCUGUCAAGCGUGAGAUUUGCUGUUCUUUUUGUUGCUAUACUAUUAUUAACUUGUGUUAGUUUCUUUUGAGUAUGACUAUUUGGUGAUUGGUUUUUGCAUAAUUGUACUAUGUUUUCUUUUAAAGAAAUUGUAUUAUUAA